CAGCUGUUCCAGGACUAUGUCGAGACCAAUCGGGAUACCGCCCAGGUGGAGGCCCGUUUUGAGGCCCGAUUGGAAGAAACCCAAAGGACCCAGAUUCGUUAUGGAUUCAGGAAUGACCAAUGGUUAAUCAAGCACCAUGGAGAGCGAAAAGCUACAAAGAUCAUGGCUCGCAAACGCGAACUUGGAUUGACCAUUCCGGAUCCUGAAUUCCCUGGGGACGAAGAUGAAAAACUCUUCUUUGUCAUGGUGGAGCUGAACAUGGAUGACAUCCGAGAGCUACGCCGUGUGACCCAGAUAGAGAUGCAGGGAUCACUGGAUGCUGAUGGUGUCAAGGCUUUCGUGGAAGCUGGAGGCUGCUUGGACGGAAAGCAGCAUCUUUCUAUCGAAGGGCUUUCUGGUGCCACUGGCAUGAAGACUCUUGCAAAUGCAAUUGGAACUGCUGCUCCGUCUGGGGAUGCUGAAAAGAAACCAGGAAAGGGCGGCAAGGGUAAGAAGAAUAAGAAGGAAGGGGAGAAAGAGACUACUCCUCCCAAGGUGGUGGUGCCUGACACACCGAUAUCGGAAGCGCAGGGCCUGCUUGCGAGGGUGCUGAAGGAUGCCAACAACUGUCGGGACCAUGCAUUCAAGCUGCGGCCCCUGGCUCUCUCUUCUGAUCUGAUCGAUCAGCUCAAAGCGUGCGCAGUGAAACUUGGGCACCAAGCUGAUGCACUCCAAAAUCUCAUCAGCAAAGGUAAGAACAAGAAUAAAAACUACGCAGAUCUCAUUGCUGAGGUGGAGGACAUCACCAAGCAUGCCAAGGAGAGAGUGGAUCUUGCGAAGGCACUGAUCAGAGCAUCUGAGAAGCCUGCCAAAUCUAGAUCUAGGUCAAAUAGGGAAGCAGCUGGCAGUGAGAAGGAGGCGGCAAAGGAAGCGACAACUGCUCCCGACCCUGCCCAUGCUUAGUUUCACACUUUUGUGAUUUCAAGUUGUGGCACAUGCCUAUAUAGCUGGAGUAGGGCCACGAUGUUGGUCAGUUCAGCCAUUAAGGGGUUGAAGUGAUGCACAAAAGGGG